UGGAUUUGUUAGUUUCAAAACAUGAUCUUUCAAAUGCACAUGCUAAAGCAUAAAAGUAUUUUUUGUCUUGUGCCUCGAUUCCUUGGUGCUGUCAUGGACGCUCUCUUAAGCAUAUGUCUCUUAAUUUGUGUCCAAGCACUUGAUUUACGAGCCAACUUGAUUGACGAAGAAGGCGGUUAUGAUGCUCGCCCAUUGGUUUCAAGCAAGACUCGACUGGUGUACGAAGCGAUUAGAUCAAUCAUAAAUGUACCUAUUAGCAAAGAGCGCCCGUACAUCUGGGAUGAUGGUGAACAUGCACUGGACGAACAAAUUGCUUGUGUCAAUGCAGCUCUCACCGCGGAUGAAAAUGGACUUCUCUUCAAAGCACUAAAACCAACUAUUGACUGGCUCCGUUCCAAACGUUACACACACUAA